UCUUCGUCCCCACUGCGUUUCUUCUUCUCUCCCUCCUUUCUCCUUUUUUUUACCCAUAACCCCUUGUUUAGUUCAGCCAUUAUUUCUUGACCCUUUUUGAUGUCCACAUGAAAAUAACAAUCCAUCUUUCUCUUUUUAUCAUCUAAUUUCCGCCGAGUCAACCAUUACGUUCCACUAUUAUAACCAAUAAAACUCUCUCUCCUCCUCCUCCUCCUCUUAGUUUAAUCACCCUCUUCCAAAUGAAGAAUAACUCCGCCGUCGAUGGGGAGGAACAGGCCGGAAAGUUGUCGGCUCCCUCGGUGGCUCCUACGACGGGGGCUACGUGGAGGACGGUGAGAGUGUCGGUGGUGUUGGUGGGCGUUACGUUGGGACUCUUCGUUCUGUACAACUCAGCCAUUAAUCCUUUCAAAUUUCUUCCUGCUUCCUACGCCUACCGUGCUUUUCGAUUCUCUUCUCCUCACAAAGACCCUAUUUUGGAAAAAGUUGUGAAAGAAGCAGCGAUGGAAGAUGGAACAAUAAUCCUAACGACGUUGAACGAUGCAUGGGCAGAGCCAGAUUCACUGCUUGAUCUGUUUCUUAAGAGCUUUCACAUUGGAAACGGAACCCAGAGACUAUUGAAGCAUUUAGUGAUAGUCACGUUGGAUCAAAAGGCGUAUUCUCGUUGCGUGGCCGUACACCCUCAUUGCUAUCAAUUGGACACUCAAGGAACCAACUUCUCGUCAGAAGCCUACUUCAUGACGGCGGAUUACUUAAAAAUGAUGUGGCGAAGAAUUGAAUUCCUCAUAUAUGUUCUCGAAAUGGGUCACAGCUUUGUUUUUACCGAUACUGAUAUCAUGUGGCUGCAAGAUCCGUUCAAUCAUUUCUACAAAGAUGCGGAUUUUCAAAUUGCUAGCGAUUUGUACUUGGGGAAUCCAGAGAAUUUAAACAACGUUCCAAACGGAGGGUUUGUAUACGUGAGAGCGAAUCACAGAACAGUGAAAUUCUACAAGUUUUGGUACGAAUCAAGAACAAUAUAUCCAGGGCAGCAUGACCAAGACGUGCUGAACAAGAUCAAACACAGUCCAUUGAUCCCUAAAAUUGGGAUGAAAUUAAGGUUUCUUGACACUGCUAAUUUCGGUGGGUUCUGUCAAAUGGGGAGGGAUAUGAGCAAGAUGGCUACAAUGCAUGCCAACUGCUGCGUUGGAUUAGAGAACAAAGUUCAUGAUCUCAGGAUUUUACUCCAAGAUUGGAAUAGCUUUUUUAACCAAACAACUGGGGAUAACAAAUCACCUUCAUCCACACAUUCCUGGACUGUUCCUCAAGAUUGCAAAACUUCGUUUCAAAGAGGGAGGCAACAUAAAGACGAUAAGAAACCUGGGAACAGAAGGUUAACUAGCAUAUAGGAAGUUCAUAUUUGGUAUGAUGAUUUGAAGAGAGAAACAAAUUAAUAUGUGACGCAAUCGUUUCUAUUUCUCAAAAGUGGUGGACAGGUUAGUAGUUAGCUUCUAUUAGAAUGAAAUGGUUGUAUUGGUUGUAUUCUCUUAUUCGAUUCGUUAGUACGCAGUUUGAAUGUACAUUGUUCUUUUUAGUACAAAUUUGGUGGAGAGAUUUGAAUCCCAAAAAAAUUACUAAAUUUUGUGUACAUUAUUAUUAAAAGUAAAAAAAGAAAUACUAUCGUUUAUCUU